CUCCCUGGGUUCAACCUCAUUAGUCUCUCUCUCUCUCUCUCUCCUAUUACAAUCUAGUAAAUAGAUGUAUACCAUGUAUGUUUUAGUAAGAGAACUUGAGGAGGAAGAUAAUUGAAGCAUAGGGAGUUGAAGAAAAAACUGUGGAUGGAGAACCCAGAACAAUGGGGCGGUGGAGGGAGGAGGGUGGUGGUGAUUGGCGGUGGAGUAGCUGGCUCCUUCAUUGCUAAAUCUCUUCAAUUCCAUGCAGAUGUAACUCUUAUUGAUCCGAAGGACUACUUUGAGAUUCCAUGGGCAAGCUUGAGAGCAAUGGUGGAGCCAUCAUUUGCAGAAAGAUCAGUGAUCCACCAUAAAGAUUACCUCACCAAUGGCCAUCUCAUCGUGUCCAGCGCCAUCAACAUCACUGACACUGAAGUCUUGACUUCAGAGGGCCGUCUGGUUACCUAUGAUUACCUUGUCAUUGCCACUGGCCAUAAUGAUCCUAGUCCAAAAAAUAGAACCGAGAAACUUAAGCAAUACCAAGCAGAAAAUGAGAAGAUAAAAGCUUCUCAGUCCAUUUUGAUUAUUGGAGGUGGUCCUACUGGUGUUGAACUUGCGGGAGAAAUCGCGGUUGAUUUUCCAGAAAAGAAGGUUACUCUAGUGCAUAAUGGAUCAAGGUUGCUGGAAUUCAUCGGCCCAAAAGCAUCGAACAAGACGCUAGAUUGGUUGAGAUCAAAGAAGGUGGAUAUGAAACUGGAGCAGACGGUGAACUUGAACAAUAUUUCAGAUGGUAGCAAAACGUUCAUAACUUCAGCUGGAGAAACUAUUAAAGCAGAUUGCCAUUUUGUAUGCACAGGGAAACCAUUAGGUUCAGCAUGGCUAGAGGGCACUGUGUUGAAGGAAAGUUUGGAUAGUUUUGGAAGAUUGAAGGUUGAUGAGAACAUGAGAGUAAAGGGUCGCAAGAAUAUAUUUGCCAUCGGAGACAUUACAGAUAUUAAGGAAAUUAAGCAAGGGUAUUUCGCUCAAAAACAUGCUCUAGUUGCCGCAAAGAACUUGAAACUGCUGAUGACUGGAGGAAAGGAAACGAAAAUGGCGAUUUACGAGCCUCGCUCAGUGAAGGCUAUUGUUUCACUGGGGAGGCAAGAUGCAGUGGCACAAUUUUCAUUUACAACCGUCAUUGGACUGGUUCCUGGUUUCAUCAAGUCCAGAGAUUUGUUUGUGGGGAAGACAAGGAAGCUUAUGGGUCUUGACCCUAAUGUUGUGUAUUCUUAGGUCUGAGGUUGAUUAUGUUUGUUCAGAAUGUAUUGUGUUUCUUUGCUCUACAUCCUCUUUUUUUGGUCAAACAAAUUUUUGGGUCUGGCUCCUGUGCUGUACAGCAGGGGGUUCUGUUCCUCAAAGGACACCGUUUUGCACAUAAACGACAUCAGUUUUGAAGGACAACAUCUCUGAUGUACAUCAAAGGAGCUGUGACUCAAAUUUUUCCUUUUGAUGGUUAUAUUGCAUAUGUAAGUGUAGUGUGUAUAAGUAUAUUGAUGUCCAUGUAAUUAUUACUUAAAGAUGAUUGUUAUCCUGAUAGAUUCCCUUGUGUUG